GGUAUGUAUAUAGACGACAUCCUCCCGUUUGUAGGGUGAUUUGUUUUCAACUUGAUCAGGUUGCUUUACAUUCAUCAUUUUGAGCUUCCGUUUCAAUGCGAGGCAUACAUUCGAUUGAUCCAACACCCGCUGCUCUUAUGUAUAAGUCAUCGACAUAAACACAGAAUUCAUUCAACAAGAUGUCAGCCGAAACACCUCCCCAGGGGCCUCCCUAUCUCCCCAAAACAGCUGGUCUCGGCGGCAGACCUACGCCCAGCGUCGACGAUCCCAUCUGUGCUGUUAUUCUGGCCUUCUUCGUUGGCGGUGCCAUUCUCAAUAUGACUAUCUUUCAGCUGAACAAAAAGCGAUCCCACAAAUUCGUCCUCAGCGGUUUGCUUUUUGGAUUUUGCAUGGCCCGUAUCACCGCGAACGUGCUGAGAAUCGCGUGGGCUUCGAGCCAGCAUGACACCAGUCUUGCCAUCGCUGCCCAGGUGUUUGCAAGCGCAGGCGUUGUGCUCUUGUUCGUGGUGAAUCUGAUCUUUGCCCAGCGCAUCUUGAGGGCGUAUCAUCCACAUAUUGGAUGGAGCAAACCUGCUUCGCUGACGUUCAAGUUCUUGUACUUUAGCAUCCUUGCAAGUCUUGUGAUGCUAAUUGCAGCUGUGGUGUAUAACUUCUACACCCUGAACCCUCAUACGAAACAGCAACUUCGCGAUGUUCAACUCACUGGCAGCACGUUUCUCGCCAUUCUCGCUUUUCUUCCAUUGCCCAUUAUCGGAGCGUGCUUCAUCAUCCCCCGACGAGCACCAAUGGACAAAUUCGGACAAGGCCGCAUGCGGACAAAAAUCCAGCUUCUUAUCUUCACAACUACACUACUUUCUCUCGGUGCUGCUUUCAGGACUGGCAUAUCCUUCAAGCUGCGGCCCGCGAACGAUCCAGCUUGGUAUCAUAGCAAAGCAUGUUACUACUGCUUCAACUACGUCAUCGAGAUUAUCGUCGUCUUCUCCUACGCUCUCUCGCGUUUCGAUCGACGCUUCCACAUUCCCGACGGUAGCCAUGCCCCUGGCGAUUACUCUGGUCGCAAUACAAAGACCCAAGAGCGUAUGUACCGUGUUAACACUGAAGAGGAAGUCUUUGGCGAAGACGAGCGACCACGAACAGCUGAGCAGCGCCAACAGCAGCAGCAAAACUGGGAGGCAGGUCUAAAGGAGGAGCUCAAGGAGGAGACCGUUUAAUGUCAAAUAUCGUGUUACACGACUGUAGUAAUUAUAAUAUAUAGCCAAUUGUGGGCGUACAAGGAAUGGCUAUGGAUUCUAUACGACCGUUUUGGCCCUCAAUACAAGCUGCUGUACAAGACACACAGAGGGGGGUGGUCUAUGCGCCCCAAGAAAUUGGAAAGUCCAAUAUAUCUUCGAACAUCGUGGCUGAUCCUAGGCUGAAGUGUUAUGUAAUACUCGAA